CACGAGUGAAGGAGAUUGCGGCAAAGCUCAAGACUCAGGCCGAACAGAUUAUACUAACUCAAGGGGAGGGGGCAACCAUAAACAAAAAUGAACUCUAUUUGCAAAUCGUGCAACCCAAUCGAGGCCGUCUAAUGGGUAUGGGCUUCCUCGCCCCGGAUCUGUUGAAUAAGGGUUCUUUCAAGCGUAGUCAUAGUCCCUCUACACGAGACGAUGAGUGCAUCACAAAAGAGGAGGCUAAGAAAUUAAGGGCUGAGAUCAAAGAGUUUAGACAAAUGUUCCAAAUGCAUGGGAGCACUAUGGGGGCUGCAACUAUGUUCCCACCUCAAAUGUUUGGGUAUGGGCAGCCCACUCCAGGUUUUCAACAAGGUUUUC